CCCAGAAGCAGCUGCCUGUGCCCUGUUGAAAAUUCAUGGCCACAGCCCCAGGCCCUGCUGGCAUUGCCAUGGGCAGCGUGGGCAGCCUGUUGGAACGGCACGACUUGUCCCCUGAAGAGCUGCGGGCGGCCCUUGCCGGGUCUCAGGGCUCCCGCCAGCCUGACGGGCUCCUCCGGAAGGGCCUGGGCCAUCGUGAGCUCUUCAGCUACCUGCACUUCCCCAAGAAGGACGGCAAGAGCACCAAGCGGGCCCCUCGCAACGAGCCUGCGGACUAUGCCACUCUCUACUACCGGGAACAUCCUCGCGCGGGUGACUUCAGCAAGACCUCGCUGCCGGAGCGGGGUCGCUUCGACAAGUGCCGCAUUCGCCCCUCGGUGUUCAAGCCUACGGCAGGCAACGGGAAAGGCUUCCUGUCCAUGCAGAGCCUGGCAGCCCACAAAGGCCAGAAGCUGUGGCGCAGCAAUGGCAGCCUGCACACGCUGGCCUGCCACCCGCCCCUGAGCCCCGGGCCCCGGGCCAGCCAGGCCCGGGCACAGCUGCUGCACGCCCUCAGCCUAGAUGAGGGCGGCCCUGAGCCCGAGCCCAGCCUGUCCGACUCCUCCAGUGGGGGUAGUUUUGGUCGCAGUCCUGGUACUGGCCCUGGCCCCUUCAGCUCCUCCCUGGGCCACCUUAACCACCUCGGGGGCUCCCUGGACCGGGCCUCUCGAGGACCCAAGGAGGCUGGGCCACCAGCUGUGCUGAGCUGCCUGCCGGAGCCACCACCGCCCUACGAGUUCUCCUGCUCCUCUGCCGAGGAGAUGGGAGCCGUGCUGCCCGAGGCCUGCGAGGAGCUCAAGAGGGGGCUCGGCAAUGAGGACGGCUCCAACCCCUUCACGCAGGUGCUGGAGGAGCGCCAGCGGCUGUGGCUGGCUGAGCUGAAGCGCCUGUAUGUGGAGCGGCUGCACGAGGUGACCCAGAAGGCUGAGCGCAGCGAGCGCAACCUCCAGCUGCAGUUGUUUAUGGCUCAGCAGGAGCAGCGGCGCCUGCGCAAGGAGCUGCGCGCUCAGCAGGGCCUGACUCCAGAGCCUCGGGCCCCCGGCACCCUCUCAGAGGCUGACCCCGGUGCACGACCAGAGGAGGAAGCCCGAUGGGAGGUGUGCCAGAAGACAGCAGAGAUUAGCCUCUUGAAGCAGCAGCUGCGCGAAGCCCAGGCGGAACUGGCCCAGAAGCUGGCGGAGAUCUUCAGUCUGAAGACACAACUUCGGGGCAGCAGGGCACAAGCCCAGGCUCAGGACGCAGAGCUGGUCCGGCUGCGCCAGGCUGUGCGCAGCCUGCAGGAGCAGGCCCCUCGGGAGGAAGCCCCAGGCAGCUGUGAGACUGAUGACUGCAAGAGCAGGGGCCUGUUGGGGGAGGCAGGAGGCAGCGAGGCCAGGGACGGUGCUGAGCAGCUGCGGGCUGAGCUGCUGCAGGAGCGACUUCGGGGCCAGGAGCAGGCGCUGCGCUUCGAGCAGGAGCGGCGGACUUGGCAGGAGGAGAAGGAGCGCGUACUGCGCUACCAGCGGGAGAUCCAGGGGGGCUACAUGGACAUGUACCGCCGCAACCAGGCACUGGAGCAGGAACUGCGGGCACUGCGGGAGCCCCCCACGCCCUGGAGUCCCCGGCUCGAGUCCUCCAAGAUCUGAGGCCAGCAGAGCGAGCUGACAGCAGAAACACUGUCAGAAGGUGCCCUGAGACGGCCGGCUCGGCCUUCCCUUGCACUGAUUGGGGUGGAACCUGCAGAGGCCAGGCCAGGGCUGGGGAGGCGCAAGGAGAGGAGGGAUCCAGUGGGGCUGUGGGCUGGGUAGGGUGCCUUGGCAGGAGCCAGCACAAGGCCCUCCUGGCAGAGGAGCACCUAGGCAGGGCCCAGCCCUGCUUCCUGGAGCGGAUGUGGCCCAGAGAAGGAGGCUGGGGGAUCACCAGCCCCAGGGUCCCGAAGGGCAGGUCAAAGGGCGGCUGAAGACCUGGACUGGGGCCUUCCUCCAUGGAAGGAUGCUGGGGUGGGAACAUUAGCCUCCCCCAGAAUAAAACCACCGUUUUCUACCAGAG